UCGCGUAUUUAACCAUAAUCGGAGGCGAACGAAAUUAUACCUAACCCAAACUGGGUUCAUAGAAUUAAAGAGGCUAUAAUGGACUCUGGUGUCUGAAAUCUGAAAGUCAUAGUUCUACUUUGAUUGGAAGAAGAAGAGGAAGAAGAAAGGACAAUGAAGGUAGCUCCAAAGAUAGUGUUCCUCUUCAACGACUGCCAACCCUUCUUUGAUGCUCUCCGCCCUAACCCUAACUCCUCUCUCACCACUCUAGAAGACGCCUUCCACCUAUCACUGGAGCGCUAUGGAAUCCGAGAUCGCAAUGCCUCUGGCACCCUUCUUCACUUUGUCGAUAAUAAGGGCUCUUAUCAGCUGUCAAUGGUGCUUCUGCAAAAUUAUGAACCACCAAUUUUGGCCUGUGCUGUCAAUGAAGUUCUGGCAUCAAUAACCGGAGAACAAUCAUCACCAUUGCCCACCUUUUUAGUGCCAUCAUCAAAACUCAAGUGGGAAAUUAAAAAUUCAGCGCCUAACCAUAAAAAUGCACUUUAUGGUAUGCAAAUAGGUCCUGAAACAGAAACAACUCAGGCAUUGGCAACCAGAACCAAGAAGCCACCGUCACUUUUGCAGAUUCACCAUGAACCGUUAGCCAUCUUUAUUCAGUUGGCCCGAGUAUUGAAGCUGCCAACUUUUGUUCUCAUUGGGCAGAAUGGAAAAGGGGAAGAACUUGAGAUGCUACACAAGGUAGGAGAGGUUUUAGCUAGCACAUCCGGGCUGUGCUUUCUGAGAGAAAGGAUCAAGUGGAAUCCAACAAUGACCUCAAAGGAUGUCGGGGAGCCAUGGCGGGCAUUGUAUGGUUGAGCAUUAGAGAUUAUUACCUAUGAUUAUUUCGGGGCUUGCUAUGUUUAUUGGCUGAUUUAUACAAGGGCAUAAUGGCAAAAUUCUUAUUCUGUCGAAACUUCUUGUCAACAGCUCCAAGUGACUGUCUAAAAUUUCAUAUGAAGAAUGAUGAUCCAUUGCAGAAA